UUGUAAUUGAUGUUUCUACCUCCAACACAUGUCCUAACAGACAUCUUAAACGUACUUUGAUUUGCUUGUUAUCUUGUAAAGAAGAAAAGAAAAGCGCAUUUGUCUCAACGAGCCUUCAUUGUAAUCUUCCGUCACAUGGCCACUGACUCAGCAAUGUUCGCAUCCUCACGCCGGAGGCAAUCGCCGUCGCUGGAGGCGUUUCUAUCACCCGUUAACCUCUCCGACGUCCCUCUCCUCCAAACACUAUCUUCCCUAUCAUCAGAAAUACUCUCUUCCUUCAGCGACGCACGUUUCUCCUUCCAACGCAGAAACUCACGCUCCCUGAUACGUAAAGUCCACGUCAUCUUCGUCUUACUCCAACAACACCUCGCCCCCGACGAGCCAAGCUUGGAUCCUACGGCUGUGCUCUGCUUCAAGGAGCUCUACCUCCUCCUCCACCACUCCAAGUUCCUCCUCCGCUACUGCGCUCGCUCCUCCAAGCUAUGGCUCUUGCUGCAGAGCCCGUCUCUCUCUAGCUUCUUCCACGAUCUGAGCAGAGACUAUUCCACCCUCUUGGACGUUCUCCUCCACGUCGAUAGUCUCUGCCUAAACGACGACGUUAGAGAGCAAGUCGAGCUCUUGCACAAACACCGCUACGUUGACGAUAACAACGACGAGACGCUGCGUAACAGACUCUAUUCGUUUCUAGACGAGUUCGAGAACGGGAGCGUGCCAAACUCCGAAGAGCUUAGCUUCUUCUUCUUUGAGAAACUCGGGAUCAAAGAUCCUAUAAGCUACAGAGACGAGAUAGAGUUUCUUCAAGAACAGAUCAAAAGCCACGGUUGUGACUUAGAGCCGACAAGGUCAGUGAUCAACGGAUUUGUAGAUAUCACACGGUACGUUAUGUUCCUCUCAUUCAAGAACCAAGAUGGGUCCCGAGACGUUAAGAAACAGAGGAGAAGUUUGAUCUCUGAGGAGAUUAAGGACACGUUCACAACGCUUCCAAAGGAUUUCAUCUGCUCCAUCUCUCUCAGCAUCAUGAACGAUCCUGUGAUAGUCUCCACCGGACAGACGUACGACCGAAGCUCCAUCGCUAGGUGGAUUCAUCAAGAAGGUCGCUCUACUUGUCCCAAAACAGGACAGAAGCUAGCGGACUUGUCUUUUGUUCCCAAUCUAGCUUUGAGACACUUGACGAAGCUUUGGUGCCAAGUAAACGGUUUGUCUCAAGACUCACCACCUAAACCUAAAGAGUCUCUCCCUAAGGUGUUGCAAACGAGAGCUUCGAUGGAAGCAAACAAAGCGACUAUAUCGAUUCUUGUGCAGAACCUAGCACACGGGUCAGAGUUGGCUGCAGGAGAGAUCCGUGUUCUCACUAGAACAGUAAUGGAAACACGUGCGUUGAUCGUGGAAGCAGGUGCAAUCCCGUAUCUGCGUAGUCUCCUCAAAUCACAAAACGCUGUUGCGCAAGAGAACGCAGUAGCAUCCAUCUUUAACUUGUCCAUCGACGAAGGAAACAAGAGUCUUAUCAUGGAAGAACACGACUGUCUGGAGCCGAUAAUGAGCGUUCUCGUCUCUGGUCUUACGAUGGAAGCUAAGGAGAUAGCAGCAGCCGCGUUGUACACUCUUUCAUCGGUACAUGAUUACAAGAAAACGAUCGCUAACGCUGACGGCUGCAUGGAGUCGCUGGCACUGAUGCUGCGAAACGGAACGGUUAGAGGGAAGAAAGAUGCUGUCUACGCUUUGUAUAACCUAUGCUUGCAUCCGGAUAACUGCAGCUUGAUGGUGAAAGGGGGAGGAGUGUCUGCUCUCGUGGGAGCUUUGGCGGAUGAGGCUGUAGCGGAGAAAGUUGCGAAAGUGUUGGGUGUGGUGGCGACUCAAUCUUUGGGAGCAGAGACUAUAGGGAGAGAGGAAUCAGCUGUGAAUGGGCUCAUGGAACUGAUGAGAUGUGGAACACCUAGCGGCAAAGAGAAAGCGAUUGCGACACUCUUACAACUCUGCACAGCAGGUGGAGCGGUUGUGACUGAGAAGGUUGUGAAAACACCGGCUCUUGCGGUCUUGACGCGUCAGCUUCAGCUCACGGGUACAGAUCGAGCCAAGAGGAAGGCGGUUUCACUCUCUGAGGUCUUUAAGGGGUGCGACCAAAACACACAGAGAUAAAAAAAAAAAGGUCUUGUAAUAGGGAAGGGAGAUUAUAGAACCGAUAUUGUGAUAUAUUAACUAAUAUAAGUACUAAACAAGAGUGUUAUGAGCUGUUAACAUCUC